AAUACGUAUUUAAUUUGGAUAUUUAAUUUUCCUAAUACGUAUUUAAUUUGGAUAUUUACAAAAGUCCUUACGUAUUAGGAAAAUUACAAACAUUCCUAAUCUUAAUAGAAUACUAAUUAACAAUCACCACCCUAUAUAUAUACAUCACACAACCCCCCAUCAUUCUUCAUCGCAUCUUUUCUCUCUCUAACUUUCUCUCUCUAGCUUUCUCUCUCUAGGGUUUAUUCUCCACCAACUGUUAUUUUUUCUUUUCUUCAGGAAAAAAUUUCUUAAUCAAUGGCAGCAGAAACCGGAACCCCCACAACACUAACACUGAAAAGCAACGACGACGAGCUAUUCUCAGUGGCGGAAUCCGCCGCCAUACUGUCGGUGACAAUCCGCAACAUGGUGGAGGACGGCUGCGCGGGCGGCGUAAUCCCUCUCGACAACGUUGACGGCAAAACCCUAGCGUCGGUCAUCACCUACAUGAACGGAAUCUCCGCCAUCCCAGCCGACGAGGAGAAGAAGAAGAGUUACAGGGAUAAGUUCCUCUCCGACAAGGAUUUUGAAACCCUCGCCGACAUGGUUUUGGCGGCGAACUAUCUCAACAUGAGUUGUUUAAUGGAUGCCGUCUCUGCGAAAAUUGCACAAGUUAUGGAGAAGAAAAGCGUUGGCUGGGUGAGGAGAAAAUUCGGCAUCGAAAACGAUUAUACGCCGGAGGAGGAAGCCGCCGUAAAGGAGGAGCACAAGUGGACUUUCGAAGGUGUCGAAACCGACGACGAUAAUUGAGUUCCAUACAUAUUUCUUUUUAAAGAUUGAUUUCAAGAUUGGUUAUCAGUAGAUUUUAUUUUUUUAGUUGUUAAUUGAUUCAUAUUAAAUUUUUAGUUUUUCGUUUUGAACAAUAUAUAC